CGUGGUUUCUUCUCAGAGACUGCUUCACAUUUUUCUACACUUGUUUGGUAAGUUGAAAACCUCACACCAGCAUGCAGAGGACCGUGCACGCGCCCCUGCAGUUUUAUGAGAAGGUGGGCAGAGUGAUGAACUCAGACCAGGAAAGGCCGUAUGUGUGCAACGCUCCUGGUUGUUCUCAGCGGUUCCCCACGGAGGACCAUCUGAUGAUACAUAGACACAAACAUGAGAUGACCCUUAAGUUCCCCUCCAUAAAGAACGACAACAUGUUAUCAGACCAGACGCCCACGCCAACACGCUUCUUGAAGAACUGUGAGGAGGUGGGAUUGUUCAGUGAGCUGGACUGCUCCAUUGAGCAGGAGUUUUGCAAGGCACAGGAAGAAGAGGACAGUAAACAGACCAUCUCGCUGCACGGUCAGUCAGGCCAGCACCAGCAGUCCCACUCACGGAUGGGCAACCAUGACACCAGCAUCGUGAUCCAGCAGGCCCUGCCCUCCCCUCAGUCCAGCUCCGUCAUCACUCAGGCUCCAUCCACCAACAGACAGAUAGGGCCUGUCCCUGGCUCUCUGUCCUCAUUGCUGCACCUACGAAACAGACAGAGACAGCCUCUGCCUGCCUCUAUGCCGGGAACUCUGCCAGACCCCACCAUGCCGGGCUCCUCCGCCGUGCUGAUGCCUAUGGAGGCACAAAUGUCUAUGGGCUCCAAUAUGAUGGGUAUGCAAGGACCCGCCCACAACAACUCCUGCUCUUCCGCUCACAUUCCCUCCAUGCACUCAGAAGCCAAACUGAGACUGAAGGCUGCACUUUCACACCACCCGGGUCCCAUCGCCAACGGAAACAUGAACUCCAUGGGCCACAUGAUGGAGAUGAUGUCCUCGCGGCAGGAGCAAAACGCCCACCAUCACAUGCAGUCACACCCACACCAGCACCUGCAAGCCCCUCCCCACGCGUACCAGCACCACGGACACCACCACCACAGCCAGGGCCACGGACAGGGUGGACACCACCACCAACAGGGACACAACCCCCAUCACAACUCCCACAAUCCCCAUCUUCAUCCCGGGCACCCACACCAGACCUCACCGCACAAUCCGAUGCACUCUGCUUCACAUAUGUCACCUGCCACCCAGCAGAUGCAUCCCUCGCAGACAAUGCAUUCUCCGCCACAAAGCGGAGGGCGGCGCAGGCGGGUAGUGGACGAGGACCCAGACGAACGUCGGCGGAAGUUUCUGGAGCGGAACAGAGCAGCAGCAACAAGAUGCAGACAGAAGAGAAAAGUGUGGGUGGUUUCAUUAGAGAAGAAAGCAGAAGAACUCACACAGACCAACAUGCAGCUUCAGAAUGAAGUGACCAUGCUAAAGAACGAGGUGACCCAACUCAAGCAGCUUCUCCUCACACACAAGGACUGUCCCAUCACCACUAUGCAGAAAGAUUCCCAAGGUUACCUCAGUCCAGACAGCAGUCCGGGGGGGAGUCCAGCUCCAGCGUGCUCCCAGCAGCAGGUCAUCCAGCACAACACCAUCACCACCUCCACCAUAACUGUAGGGGGCAGCAGUGUGCACGGGCAAACAAAUCACCGCACAGACAUUAACCCCAUCCACUAGGGACAAGACAGACUAUAAACCCGGCCCAAACUCCCCCUACUCCCCUGCUUUCUGAGGGGGACCAGCUGCAAAUGCUGAACCCUCCAUCUCCCUCCAUCAAGAAAAACCUCAAAGGCCUGUGAGGCUGUUCUUUAUACAGUAGCUGCAGUAUGUAUUUUUAUAGACCCACCCUAUUAACGCAUACAUGUUCAACGGUUUGUUGCUUCUUUUUUUACUCUCUCUUUUUGUUGUGCUUUUAGCAAAAAGGAUGUUUUGCUAAUCCCAUGCAGUGUUUGACUUCUCUGUUGUGUAAUGGUACAAAAUGGACCACGGUGGUAAUGUAACCAGAGGACAGAGAAAUAGGCCUCAGACUGUCCUCUCUAUUAGCAGACCUUACAUCUCUGUUAGCCUGAUGGACUGAAAGAUAAGUUAAAUCAUUCUCUGAAUAUCAGUCAUGGACAGUAUGUUAAAAGUAUGCAACAGACACUAAGUGAGUGGGAUGUGGCUGCCUUUUAAAGUUGUCUUUUGAAUCCAAGUCAAACUGUCUCCAUGAUAUCUUGGAGACAGGAAUAUGCAAGCAAGUGUAAUGAUAUUUUCUCUCCUAGAAAAGUAUAUGACUGUUAAACCUUUUCCCUGUCAGUGGUAUUCUUAAAGAGUGUCAUAAAAUACAAGCCCAACAGUGAAAACAUGAUCAAAUGUUAGCAAUACAUCCCAGUAUUGAUCAUCUUCUCUACUGUAUGUCCACAUUAUGAUCAGCAUGGCCAAGCCACUCUGGUCCCCAGGACAUACGAUGCUGUUACAGAUACAGAACUGUACACUGUGAUACCAGUGAGGCAGCUAGGAGUUGAAACACACUCCUUCAGGACCAACUGAAGCUUUAACUAUUGAGGCCUCUCUGUGUGUGUGUGUGUGUGUGUGUGUGUGUGUGUGUGUGUGUGUGUGUGUGUGUGUGUGUGUGUGUGUGUGUGUGUGUGUGUG